AUGGCGCAACCCAACUCUGACAACCGAGCUUGGGUUCGCCAGGAUCAAGCCCUUUUGUCUAUGCUGAUGUCGUCAUUCUCCGAUGAGGUCAUGCCACUCGCCAUCGGUCACCGUACCAGUCAGGCAGUUUGGACUGCCGUCGUCGACGCCCUUGCAUCGUCCUCUCGCUCUCGUGGUUUAAAUCUUAUUGGCCAACUACAAUCGCUUCACCAAGGAGAUUCAUCCGUUGUUGACUACAUCGGAAAAGCGAGGGUGUUAGUUGAGGAACUUACCCUCGCCGGCCGGCCGUUGACGUUUGAGGAACAAAAUCUCUAUCUCGUCACGCUCCAAGAACUCGUUGAUCUUCUUGGUGUGAAGGAGUUCAUGAUGGGCGGUGGUUCGCCAGCACCCUUCAUGGCACAACAAAGGGGGCGUGGCUCCCAGCUUCGUGGUGGAGAUGGUCUCGGUAACAGGCAGGACAGCGGCCAAACCGGCCAAUCGCGCGGCGGUGGUAGGAACGGUAAUUGGCAGUCUAAAUGUCAGUUAUGUUCAGUGAUUGGUCAUACUGCGGUCACUGGUCAUCUUUGGUAUGCCAAAGAUCCUCAGGCUAACAUCAUUUAUCAAGAUCCUCCUUUGGAUUCUCAGGGGUCUCACACUUGGUUUCCAGACACGGGUGCAACCAAUCAUGCUACUCCGGACAUAGCUGCUCUUUCGGUCUCGGAGGAGUACAAUGGUAUUAUGGUAAUGACAUGUUACAUGUCGGUGAUGAAAUCUGAUCUAUAUGCAAUUUUUGACAAGUUUCGUGUUAUGGUUGAGCAUUCGUUCAAUCGUAAAAUAAAAUUCAUCCAGUCUGACCUAGGAACUGAAUAUAAAAAGUUACAUUCCACCUUGACCCAACUAGCAUUAUUCACAGACAAUCUUGUGCAUACACUCAUGAACAAAAUGGUCGUGUCGAAAGAAAGCAUAGACAUCUUGUUGAAACAGGUUUAG